AAGCAUUAUUAAGUGUUUCAGAUAAUGCAAGUUGUUUGUUAGGUUGUAGUAGACCAUUAAUAUUUAUAGAAGCUAUUUUUAAAGCAAGUGAGACUGAACAGCAAAUAUGUGAAGUUGGUAUACAAACAACUGAAUCUGUAGUUCAGAAUCUUGAAAAUUAUGUAUAUUUGCUUCAAAUGCAAUUAAAUAAUAAAGUUAAUGAAAUAGAAAAUCUUCAAAAGCAAUUAAAUUAUGCAUAUAAUUAUGCUGUUGAGA